AUGGAGCACACCGGGAUCCUGGGCGCGCACCUGCAGCAGCAGAACCACCUGGAGCCCAUCAGCUUCGGCAUCGACCAGAUCCUGAGCUCCGUGGAGCAGAGCUGCAUGCUGGGCGCGCGCAUGCACGAGGCGGACUACGGACAUGCACACCCGGCCUACGGCGGCGGAGCGGCCGGCGGCUUCCCGUGCGCCGGGGGCGGAUAUACCGGCUCCGGCGGCUCGUGCGGGCCGGCGCCCUACCACAUGAACAUGGGCGUGAACGUGAACGUGAACCCCGCCGGGGUCAUCCGGGUCCCGGCGCACCGGCCCCUGAGCGGCGGGAACCCGAGCGCUCCGCCCGGGACCAACCUGGGCGCCCUGACGUUCCCCUGGAUGGAGAGCAACCGGAGAUACACCAAGGACCGGUUCACAGUGUCCCUCUCACCCCUCACUGUCACGCGUCGUGUAGGGCACCCCUACCAGAACCGGACCCCCCCCAAGAAGAAGAAGCCGCGCACGUCGUUCAGCCGCCUGCAGAUCUGCGAGCUGGAGAAGCGCUUCCACCGGCAGAAGUACCUGGCCUCCGCGGAGCGCGCGGCGCUGGCCAAGGCGCUCAAGAUGACCGACGCGCAGGUCAAGACCUGGUUCCAGAACCGACGGACCAAGUGGAGGCGGCAGACGGCGGAGGAGCGCGAGGCGGAGCGGCAGCAGGCCAACCGGAUCCUGAUGCAGCUGCAGCAGGAGGCCUUCCAGAAGACCAUCAACCAGCCGCUGACCCCGGACCCGCUGUGCCUGCAGAACAGCUCGCUGUUCGCCCUGCAGAACCUGCAGCCGUGGAGCGAGAACACGGCCAAGAUCAGCAGCGUGUCGGCCUGCGAGUAGAGCCCGGGGACCGGGGGACCCGGGGGA